AGACUCUUCUCAGAAAACUUUCAAACCAUAAAACAUUAUCUAGUAUUCUUUGAUCCCAUGGCAUCUGAAAGUGGUGUUGAGGGAGACAAAUAUCGUUACUAUUUGAAUGGAGAUGGAGAGAGGAGCACCAAAUGGAAGUUUGGUACACCUCCCAACUAUGAGGUCGUUAACAAGCUUUUCGAAGAAGGCAGAACCAAGAUAUGGCCUGCUGGGUCACUAGAAGAAAAGGUGCAGAACCUAGUAAAGACAUGGGAGAUGGAACUUUUCCAUAAAGCUAACAUUGAGGAUUUCAAGACACUUGAUCCCAACAAGUACACCUUCAGCCUAAAUGGGAGGAAAGGGAUAAAUUUGGAAGAAAUAGGAAAACUAGGAGGAGGAUACAACCCUUUGCUUCAGACCACACUGCCUGAGAAUCUGAGGGGCUAUAAUCCUGAAGUGGAAACAUCUGAAUCAUCACAUAAGGCUUUCACAACAACAUUCCCAAGAGGAUUUGCGUUGGAGAUUCUUCAAGUCAUUUCUGGGCCGCCGCAGAUCGUGUACAAAUUCAGGCACUGGGGUUACAUGGAGGGCCCUUUCAAAGGCCAUGCCCCAACUGGAGAACUUGUCGAGGUCUAUGGAAUGGCCAUUUUUGAGUUGGACGAGAAUGAAAAAAUCGUGAAGGUGGAGUUCUUUUACGACCCAGGACAGCUACUUGGUGGACUUUUGAAGGGUGCAAAAGUGGGUUCUUCUUCUGAGGAGACUGCUACAGGCUGCCCUAUCCUAAGGAGUACUGGGUAGUGUUCUACAAAUACUACCUAGCUACUACAUAAUUUGUAAAACUCUAUCAUCAAUAAUUUAUGCCCAUAUAGGCAUCACUCUGGGGGGCUGUACUGUGUGGAAUUAUUAUAUGAAUCAGCUUUUAACGGUUU